CUUCGGAUGAUAUCAAAACGAAUCCAGCCAGGACUCGAAACGGUCAGAAGUCUCUCGGACAGCAACUAGAUCAGACGUGUGUGACUAUUCUCGGUUCAAAAAGCAAAAGUAGUUUGUUGAAGGCACAACACUUUUAAAGGAUAUAUUAGUAACUUACCUGUGUAGAAAGUUUUGCGGAUCUGUUUCUCGGGAACACACCGGUUGAGUGUUUGAACAAGAUUUUUUUUUGUGGUGCAUGGAAGAAGAUAUCUACUCCUUGGAAGAUCGUUGCGUUUCGGUGAGCCGGACUAUCUUGAAGAAGUGAUGAUUGCAUAAGGGGCAAAAAGUGUUUAAAAGGGACUAAACUAAUGCGGAGCCUUUGAAGGAUUUCUUGGAAAUUUGUCUGAUUAUUGGGAAGGUUGUGGGACCUAGUGUGGAUAUUUUUGGAGGACUGAACAGCGUGUUGGAAACACAUUGUGGUGAUCGCAGAAAGACGAAGAUACGAAGAAGAUCUUGAACUGCGGAGUUGAUAACGGUAGAUCACGAAGUUGUGUGCAUUGUUGAUCAAUAGAGUUUUGUGGUGUGUGCGAAGAACUAACGGAACAAACAAUAAGCACGAUGAUGGCAAACAAUAUGGAUUUGGUGUGUAAGGAGAUCAUCUACGAGGAGGUCGAUCAGCAGUUUGCCGAACCCGAUCCGACCAUGAUCGCGGAUGCUCGGGUCAUUCAGAACAUGAUCAGCCUGGAACGGUUGACGAUUCCACCCUGUAACUACUUCGCCUCGGUUCAGCAGGAUAUCAAACCGAACAUGCGCAAGAUCGUUACGACCUGGAUGUUGGAGGUAUGCGACGAGCAGAAGUGCGAGGAACAAACCUUCCCGCUGGCCGUCAACUUCUUCGAUCGGUUUCUGUGCGCCUGCCCGAUCGAUCGCUACCACCUGCAACUGCUCGGAUGCUGCGCCCUGCUGCUGGCCUCCAAGAUCCGCCAGUGCCAUCCGCUCACGGUCGAUGUGCUGAGUGCGUACACCGAUCAUGCCGUCUCGCCCGACCAGAUCCGGAGCUGGGAGCUACUGAUGAUCAGCAAACUCGAGUGGAACAUCACCGCGGUAACGGCUUUUGACUACGUCGAUCAGAUCCUGGAACGCGUCAACUGGGGCCACAACGAUUCGCGGCUACGCGAACACGCACACACCCUGAUCCAUGUCUGCAGUACCGAAACCAUCUUCAUGCAGCUGGAACCAUCCCUGCUGGCGACGGCCUGUAUUGCGUCCGCCUCCCGAGGCCUGAACGUGUCCACCAAGAUGGCCGUCGGGUACGAUCUGUGCCGACUAACGGCGCACGACCUCGCCAAGAUCGACUUCAUCGUCAAGAUCAUCGAGGAGAUCGUGGCCAAGGAAAUCGCCGACAAGCAGGUGCAGCAGACACAGCAACAGAUGCAGGCCGCAGCCACGGCCGCCGGAAGCUGUAAAGAUCAGUACCAGCAGGCACCCCAAAAGCUCGCCGGCUCCUCGUCCAGCAGUCAACCCCAGCAACAGCAACCGGAAACCCCGACCGAUGUGCAGUUCAUAUACUUCUAAGCGGCGUGGAACGGAAAAACGCCUAACGCUUCUUCUAACCAGUGGGGGUUUCGUUGUUGCUUCUUAUUUCCCAGGGGGGUUGCUGUUGAGUAUUUUUAUUGCCUUUGUCUGAUUCUAAGAACUGUUGAAAUUGCCUUUAUCCUCUAUUUAGAGAUUCACUCACAAUUCUGUACGCUGUUAAGGUUAUGUGCAUGGACAGCCAUCUUGUUUGUUUUUCGCCAACGAGAGAGAAAAAAAAAGUAGUUUACCGAAGAAAAAAAAACUUACCCAAUCAACAAAGCAUGCCAUGUAGCCAUUUAAGGAGAAAGUGUUUCGAAAAUUGAUGCAACGGCAAAUUUACAAACAUAUAAUUAGAGGAAAUGCAGGCGCUAUUCGUCAUUUUGGUUUAACCUUCCUCGGACAACUUUGUACUUUUGGUUGAGCGCGUUGGUCCAGAAUGAGGGCACUGAUUUUGCUGGCCAUAGACAGUGCGACACGUGGCGAUCGAUGCGAUGCGGGCUGUUAAACCAAGUGGCGCGAAACCUCCUCCUAUCGGAAUUCAGAAUAUUCUACACCUUUUUCUUGUGUACAUAUACUAAAAGAAUUCUUUACGUUUCGUUAAAAAAUGUAGUUAAUUUCGUUCGGAAAAUCGAAAAAAAAAAACUAAAAACAACCCUUUUCAUUCGUUAUUGACUACUUUGACAAAUAUGGUGCGAAAAUUAGUUUAUAGAAAAAAAAAAAUGCUUAUACAUCUCUUAUUUUCCUUUUCUUUCCCUCUUGGGGCAACGUUGAUCUUACUUAAAGUUUCUAGGAAUGCUCUAAAACUGUUUUCAGUUUUACAAAACAAUCAGCCUCUCUGCACUUCUCGCAGCGUCUAAGCGAGAAAAAACUUAUUUAGUAUAAUGUUUAUACGAAAAUCUACCUUCAAAGAAAGAGGAAAAAAAUGUUAAAUUAUUUAUUUAUACUUAUCAGAUAAUGCUUGAUUAUAUUCGUCUCUUUUCGGGGGUUCCGAAAAUAGAAAUGCCAAUCGAUCAGCAGAUGAAAACCAAGAACAAAUCGGUAGGAGUUGAAAAAAAAUACACACAAAAAAAACAAAACUACAAAAAGGCCAAAGAUUAAGUAGAAGACCACCGCCGAGUUAGGUUAAAACAAUUCUUACAAACAAGGAGAUUAGCUCUUAAGUGAAUAUCGAUAUGGAAAGCCGCCAAUCAAUGAAUUUCAAUCAAAGACAAAAGGAGCCAUACAUAUAUGUAACACGUCGAAGAAAUGAUCUUAAACAGUAUAAGCAUUCUCGAUCUCAUUAACGAUUAAAGCGCGGUACAAUCGAUGGAUUGACUGGGGAGAAGAUAUGAUGAACAAGACUUAAACACUAAGUAAACAAUGGAAGACACAUCUAGUAUAGUAGGUACUAGCAGUUAAGGGUUAAGUUUUAGCGGUUAAGUCAAGCCUCUAGGUUUAGCGAAAAAAAAACCCUGUAAAUAUAAAUGGGCGACAUCCAGCUUCACAAAAAGGGAGAGAGCCAGUGCCUGCAACUUGACGAUCACCCACGAUCGGAUUACUCAAGUGCUACUUAAUGAUAGGGAAAAUGACAGAUAAAAACACAGAUAAGGAAGAAAAUUCAAAACUAAAAAAAAAAAAUCUUGACAUAUGCACGGAAACAAAAGGGAAAAUGUUACGUUUUUGCGCUCUAGAGUUAUAGUUUAGAAAACGCAAGUGUGCGUAGUUUUUCUUUUUUUUUUUACUUUUUUAGUACUUUUCGGAAAAGAACUCAAUUCACUUUUUUUUCUUCGUUUUGGACCUUUUUUCGCUGUAUUUGAUCUAUUAUUUUGUUAAUCUAGUCGUAAAUAAGAGAAUUUUAUAUUAAUUUAUACAACUGAAAAAGAGAAAGAUUUCGAAGAAUAAAGUACACAAAACAUAAAGCAACAAGAUAAAAGAAAAGUUUCGGUAAUUUUUUUUUGUUUGUUAACAACUUUCUAUUUUAGCAGUUCGUUUAUGAAGUUCAUAUUUCAAAGGUGCCGUAUUUUCUUUAAAAAAAAACUUUGUCGCGUCAUUUAACCCCCUCUAAUGGAGUUGUAAAUAUAUAUUAUUAUUUUGUGAGCUAACGGUAACGAUGAUGUAACAACAACGCCAAGGACGGUUUAUACAUAUUUUUUUAUAAAUAAAAAUAAAUUAUACAAAAAACA